AUGUUUAAUUAUUUUUUAAGAAGCAUUAAAAAUUGUAAAAGUAAAGACGAUGUUACUCAUUUAAGUCGAAAGUUCCUAAAAAAUAUUAAUCAUUUUAAUACAUAUGAAAUAGCUCUAUGCAUAAAUAAAUUUUCUAAAAUUGAAUUUGAAGAUCCAUUAUUUUGGAAGCAUUUUUGUUUACUAAUAACCACAAGAGAUGAGAAUUUUGUGAAGAAAUUUUUAUCAACAAAAAGAAAUGAUAUUAAUAAUAACAAGUGUCAUAAUAAGGUAUAUGAUACAUAUGAUGAUUAUGAUAAACAUAAUGUCAUGAAGGUAAAGAACAACCUACCUAAUGUUGAUGAGCAUAAAAGAGAUGAAAAAAAUAACAAUGUUUCUUUUAAAAAUGUGACAUGUAAAAAAAAAGAUGAUAUAAUUGAAUAUAAUUUAUUUCAUGAAGAAAAAGAAGAAGAAAAAAAAAAAAAAAAAGAUAAAUUAUUACAUCUUUUUAAUAUAGAAGAGUUAUGUUUAAUUCUUAAUUCUUUAUCAAAAGUAAAUAUAAAAAAUGACGAUAUAUUAAAAUAUGCUUCACACAAAUUAAUAAAUCAUAUAAACUUAAAUAAAUAUUUAAUAAACACUAUAAAGGCCCUCACCUCUUUGUCUGGAUCCACACAAGGAAGAAAAAAUAAAAGUCUUGAAAUAAAAAAUGAUGAUGAAAUAAAAAAUGAUGAUGAAAUAAAAAAUGAUGAUGAAAUAAAAAAUGAUGAUGAUAUAAAAAAUGAUGAUGAAAUAAAAAAUGAUGAUGAAAUAAAAAAUGAUGACAAUAUAAACAAUUGUAAUAAUACAAACGGGUGUGAUGACAAUACGUAUAAACCAAUAAAUGUACAACAUAUACUACAGGAUAAAAUAUACCAGAAUAUAAACAACUUAAAUAAUAUUUUAACAGAGAAAGAUUUAAGUAUAUUAAUUGAACUUAUGAUUACACAUAAUAAUAUAGAUAAUAAAAAUAAAGAAGAUAAAUUAUGGGAUGAUAAAAAUAUUGUAAUAAAAAAUACAAAAAAGGAUAGUAAGACCAUAAAAGAGAAAAUAAAUACAUAUAAUGAUAAUAUUGAAAUAAAUAAUAAUAUAUGUAAUAAUAACAAUAUAUGUAAUAAUAACAAUAUAUGUAAUAAUAACAAUAUAUGUAAUAAUAACAAUAUAUGUAAUAAUAACAAUAUAUGUAAUAAUAACAAUAUAUGUAAUAAUAACAAUAUAUGUAAUAAUAACAAUAUAUAUAAUAAUAACAAUUUAUAUAAUAAUAACAAUUUAUAUAAUAAUAACAAUUUAUAUAAUAAUAACAAUGUUAAUGUUAAUUUUUUAAAAAAAAAAUUAUUUGAUAGCUUAAAAAAAGUAAACCAUAUAAGUGAACAAAGUAUCUCCCUUAUAUUACAAGCAUGUAGUAAAUCAUCCGAAAAAAAUAAAGAACUUUUAGAUAUUUUAAAAGUUAUAAUAAUAUUAAAAUUAAAAAAAGAAAAGAAAUGUUCUGAUAUUUUUCUUAGUAGUGUUAUACAUUCAUAUGCUUCAGUUAAUUAUAAAGAUAAAAUAUUAUUCAAUAUAUUAUCAAAUUAUAUAUGUACAAAUAUUAAUUAUAUUAAUGUAAAAGCAUUAAUUAUUAUAUUAAAUAGUUAUGUUAAUAUUGAAAUAUUGAAUAUUAAAUUAUUUUCUAUAUCCUUAAAUAAGCUAGCGAAAAAAGAUGUAUUACGAAACCUAUCAAAUCAAUGUACUUCCAAUAUUAUAACAAUCUUUACAAAGACUUAUCAUUAUUUAGAUAAAAUAAAAAUAAAUUUUAUAUUUAACACAAUAAUUCAAAGAAUAAAACAAGAAUACAACGAAUACAAUAAGUGUCAGGUAUACGUCAAAGAGAAUGUCUCUUAUAAUAAUAAAUCCGUUUCAUUUUCUACAACACCUUUAAUAAACAAAAAAAAUAAAAUAAUAAUAAAUAAUAAUAAUAAUAAUAAUAAUUACAAUUAUAAUAAUAAUAAUAAUUAUUAUUAUUAUAAUUUCCCAGAGAAUAUAAUAUCACAUAACCAUUCAACUUAUUUAAAAUACAUACCACGUAAUAUAAAUAGUACAAGUAAGAAAAAGCACAAAUAUAAUAAAAACGAAACUGAUGAACGAGACAGGAAUGAAGUUGUUAAUCAAAAUAAAUUUUUCAUCUUAAACUUUUUAACAAAACAUAUAACUAAUAUAUUAAAUAAUUUAAGUAAAUUAAAUAUGGCUGACACGAAAUUAUAUGAAAUAUUUUCAUCUCUCAUUCUGAAAAAAAAAAAAAACGAUAUCAACAAACUUGAUAUUCUUAAUAUCACAAGUUCUUAUUCUAGAGCUUCAUAUAGAAACGAGAACAUAUAUGAUCUAAUAAUAGAGUAUUCUAAACAAUAUAUUGUACAAAACGAUUUAAAAUAUGUAGAAUUUAUUAAUUUAUUUACAAGUAUUAGUACUUUUUAUAUACUUGAAAAAAACGAGCCUUCUAAUAUAUACAAAACGAAAUUUGAAGAAAUUAUCAAGUGUAUGAUUCAAAGGUUAAAGGGGGAGGACGAAAAAAGUAUUAAUAAAAAUAAAAGGAAAGAUAUAGAUGGAAAAAUAUAUGACAAGGUGAAUAUAAAAAAGGAUAAUGUUAUACGUACACAUAAUUUAAAUGAAACAUAUAAAAAUAUAUUGAAUACAUAUGAGGAAAGUCCUGAUAAACAUAUGAAUAAUAAUAUAUAUGAAGAGUGUGUAGAAAAAAAUAUUAAAGAUCUACAUGUCAAUGAUUAUUGUUAUUGUUAUAAUUAUGAUAAUAUAAGAAAUAAAAAUAUUUUGGAUAAUUUAAAUAUUAAUCAUUUGGCUUAUAUAUUAUCAACUUUAUGUAAAUUGAAUAUACAUGAUGAUUAUAUUUAUAAUAAAUGUGUUAUAAAUAUAAGAAAGAAAAUAUUUAAAAUAAAUAGUAAAUGUUUAUCUAUUUAUCUUUUAUAUAUAAGUAAAUUUAAUAUAAUUCAAGAUACAUAUAUAAAAAAUGUUAUAGCUAGCUGUUAUAAAUUGGAAUAUGAAAAAAAAAAAAAAAAAAAAAAAAAAAAAAUUACAAAUUUAAAUAAUAAUAAUAAUAUAUUUUUAAAAAUGAAUAAUUUAUAUAAACAAUUAUUAUCGAAUGAUAUAAUAAAUUCAAUAUAUAUUAUUAGAUGUCUAAUAAAAAAUGAUGUAGAUCUUAUAAAAAAUAAAAAUAAAAAUAUAUAUAAUCUGAAGAAUAAUAUUAAUGAUGGAUUUCAUUCAAAUAAUAGGUAUAACAACAACAUAUAUGUAAUAUAUUUUAAUUUACUUUAUAUAUAUAACUUUUAUUCAACCAAAAAUUAUGACAUUUCGUUAAUUAACUUUAGUAGAGAUAAUAAUGAUAAUAAUAAAACACUUUUGUCUUUUAUAUCGGAGAAAGAAAGUGAAAAAAAAAAAAAAAAAAAUAAUACAACUUGUCAUAUGGAUAAAAGUGAACACCAUAAAAUAAAGAAAAAAUUACAUUCUCCUCAUAUUUCUGAUCAACAUAAUGAUGAUGAUAAUAAUAUUAUAAAAAUGGAUGACAUCUUUUUUGAAGAACAAGAUAAUAUUAUAAAAACAAGAGAAUUAAAUAUACACGGUUCUUGUAUAUUAUUAAAUAGUUUAUCAUAUUUAUUGACACAUGUAUAUUUUUAUAAUGAAAAAUAUUACAAAAUAAUAUAUUAUUUAUUACUUUAUAAUUUUAAAUAUGUUUUUAAAAAAUUAAAAUUAAAAUAUUCAAUUUAUGAUUUAUUAUAUAAUUUAAAAGAUAUACAUAAUGAAAAGCAAACAAAAUAUAUUGUUCAAGAUAUUAUCGAUUCAGCAAGUUUAAGACAACUAUAUAUGUCUAUAUUAAUGUUAUAUUAUUUAUAUCCAUUACAUGUUUGUACAAACAAUACAUAUAAUAAUAUAAUUCAUAAAUAUCCUUUAUUUUUAUUACAAUAUAUAUACUUUUUUUUGAAAUAUAGUCCUAUAAUAUCAUUUGAAAAAUAUCGUUCUAUAUAUAAUUCUUUAAAUAAUAUAAAAUUUAUUUAUUAUAAUAAUGACUAUUCUCAAAAAAAAAAAAAAAAAAUGAAUCAUGAAAAAAAUAUAUACCAUAAACAUGAUGAUAUUAAAAGACCUAACAUCUCAACGAUUGAAUUAAACGUUUAUAAUAUCAUAUUAAAUAUUUUAAGAAAAAAAAAUAUAUUACAACAUUUUAAUCUUUCAACAACUUUCAAUGUUUAUAUGUAUUCAGUAGAUAUAUUAAUAAAGUCAAAAAAAAAAAAACAAAAAAAAUGA